AUGGAGACUUCAGCACCAAUUUCGCUCAGGUUAACAUCCCAGCCCAUAGCAUCGAUCAAAAGCCCCACUGUGCGAGCCAAAUCACCCAACGCCUUGCCCAUCCAAACUUGCCGCAAGAAGCACGCCGAUCCCUCCCUCGCGCUCCUCCUUGCUGGCCAGCCAACCUUCACCAAAGCUCUCGUUGCGAUGCCUCGCCAACAGACCUUCCUUGCGCACAUGCGGCAGCAAAAGCUCGCCGUGGGGCGGCUGCAGGCCCUUGACCACCGCAAUGUAGAGCGCCGUGUGUCCGUACUGGUUCCUCAGGGCAAGAGGGGACAAGGGCGCAAGGAUCUUUCAACAUCUCCGUCAUCCCUGGCGGCCGUGCUUGCUCAGAGCUCCAGGAGAUGCCGCGCUGUUUCUAGAUCGUUCUUCUGCACUUCUCUAUGCAGUGGCAGAUGA